GCUCCACAACAGUAGUGUUCGCCGGUGUAGCCGGUAACAAGUUCUUAUUCUCGAACGAGAACAGACUCGUCCAAGCAUGGUGGCCUAGCUCCGUCAACAAAGUCUUCCCAUCCUCAACCCAAACCUCUUCCAAACAAAAAUCAAUCAUUCUCAGAAAAAUGCUCCCAAACUUCCUCAAACCCGAAGCUUUACAACAAUAUAUUGGUGUCAUGGAUACCAUUUCACAGCGACACUUCGAUUCCGAUUGGGUUGGCAACGAAGUGGUGGUUUUCCCUCUCACCAAGCGAUACACAUUUUGGUUGGCUUGUCGCUUGUUUAUCAACAUCGAUGAUCCGAACCACGUCGCUAAAUUUGCAGAUCCUUUUGGGAUUUUAGCUGCUGGAAUUUUUUCCAUCCCUAUCGAUUUGCCUGGAACAUCGUUCCGGCGAGCUAUCAAGGCCUCGGAGUUUAUUAGGAAGGAGCUUUUGGCGAUUAUUAAGCAGCGAAAGGUUGAUUUGGGAGAUGGAAAGGCUUCGCUGACACAAGAUAUAUUGUCACAUAUGCUUGUGACGAGUGAUGAAAAUGGAAAUUUCAUGAAAGAGGCUGAUAUUGCUGAUAAAAUCUUGGGUUUGUUGAUUGGUGGCCACGACACUGCUAGCUCCGUCUGCGCUUCCAUUGUCAUGUUUCUUGCGGAGCUUCCUCAUGUUUAUCAACGAGUGUACGAGG